UUCUUGAAUUGUUUACGUUUGAUUAAACAUCGGAAUGUGUGUAACAGGCAUUAAACACGUGUAACUAGCACUGGUUACUCGUGCAAAUCCGGUUUCGUGUCGAGUGCUGCUUUCAGUGCAUACCAGGCUGGGUUACGCGUGUCCCAGACCGGAUACGCGUAACUAAAGUAAAAACGUGUAAUAGACGCCGCAAGUGUAAUUGACGCCUGAACGCCCAUAGCACAGUAUCAGUAGGAGUGCUACUGGAACAAAAUCGGAGACGCCAUAGGCCACCAAAUUCCUACUGCUGUUUGGUUAAAAGAGGAACAAAAAGGCAGCUGUCGCUAAUCGUUACGUGCUGCCGGAUGGAGUCUAGGGUGUGUCGUUCAAGUGGUCUAGGCAGAUACGGUCUGCGGCUGAACUGGUAUGCUAGUUCCAGUUUGAUAUGUUCGUUGUGGCUGUUGUGCUUCAUAUAUGGCAGUCAUAAAUUCGUACACUUGCUUUCUAUGUUUACGAAUCGCUUCAAUGUUUUCUGCAAUAAUAUAGGUUCAUUUCCUUUUCUUGAAGAUAAACUUGGGUCUGAAGUCGGUAGUGCACAACCGUUGCAGCCUAAUACAGAAGAAUUAAUAAAAGCUUUAGAAGAUGUGCAUCUUGGCUACUUGUUGUCACACUUCAGUGGUCUUGAUACAACCAAUGAAUGGUCCAGUGUUCUUUCACUUGGCGAGCAGCAACUUGCUUUUGCAUGUUUGUUGCUUUCUAGACCAGACCUGGUUCUCUUGGAUGAAUCCACCAGUGCUUUAGAUGAAGCAAAUGAGGCUCACUUGUAUGACAAAAUAAACGCAGCAGGAAUCACAUAUAUAAGUAUUGGGCACCAAACAAGCCUUCGUAAAUUCCAUAAAAAGGCCUUGCGGAUAUCAUCGAUGGAUCUGGACUCUAACCCGCUGAACUGGUGCAUAGAACCUUGUAAGAAGGCUCGAACAUUGAUUCUUAAAUGAUUUUUCAAACUCAAACCCUAUGAUCCUCAAUUGUAAGGUUUCGUGGGUACAGGGUCGAACAAGGACUUACCGUGCUUAGUUACAUGGUUUUGAAUUAUUAGAUAACAGUUUGUUAAUUGUAUCUUUGUGUAAUAUUUAUAUUCUUCCAUCUGUAAUUGAGGAGAUCAUCAAGAGUUAAAUCAUUCAGGUUCCUUUGUUAUCA